GCCGCUACCGGCUAAUUUCCCGGCCUGCCUUGCUGCGGCCUCUUCCUCCAUCUUAGUAUCAGGGCGGGUGAUCCAGCUGCCCCGAGCGCUCUCGCAAUGCCUGGAAGAUUAUGGUGCAAAGCUGUGUUUACAGGCUAUAAACGAGGCCUUCGAAACCAAAGAGAGCACACUGCUCUCCUGAAGAUUGAGGGUGUUUAUUGCCGUGACGAAACAGAAUUUUACUUGGGCAAGAGAUGUGCCUACGUCUACAAAGCAAAGAACAACACUGUCACUCCUGGUGGCAAACCAAACAAGACCCGUGUCAUUUGGGGUAAAGUGACCCGUGCUCAUGGAAACAGUGGUAUGGUGCGUGCCAAGUUCAGCAGUAACCUGCCUGCUAAGGCUAUUGGGCACAGGAUUCGUGUGAUGCUGUACCCAUCAAGAAUUUAAAGUGCUGCUGUACAUAAAUUGACAUUAAAUAGUAAAAUGAUCUAA